UGGUUAGCGCUGCCUUUUAAAGCAAACGGGCGCGCACUUCCAACCGUCAUUCAGUCUGAAUACUAGACACAGGGAAGGAGUACUGCUGUGUCGUCCAACCAUCCCUCUCUUUCUUUCCCUGUUGUUAAUAGAUACCAAACUAGCUACCCCCCUUUAGCUGUUGUUAUUUUUUGUUUGUAUUUUAACGUUAAACGGUUAGUCAACCAGCCCAAUCAUGUACCGGUACUUCGGGGAGUUGUUAUCCCGCGGGGCGGGCAGUGCGCUGGCCUCGGGGUGCGUGGACUCUGCUCUCCCGGCAUCGGCCUCUCUAAUGCGGGUCCGACAGUAUAGCGAGCAGCCCGACGACCCCAACUUCUUUCGCAUGGUGGAGGGUUUCUUCGACCGCGGAGCCGCCAUCGUUGAGGACAAGCUUGUGGAGGACCUAAAGAGCAGGGAGACCCCCGAACAGAAGACGAAACGAGUGAAGGGGAUUCUCCGCAUCAUCAAGCCCUGCAACCACGUCCUCAGCGUCUCUUUCCCCAUCAAGAGGGACAACGGAGAGUGGGAGGUAGUGGAGGGCUACCGCGCCCAGCACAGCCAGCACAGGACGCCCUGCAAGGGGGGUAUCCGCUACAGUGAAGAGGUGUCUGUUGAUGAGGUGAAGGCUCUGGCCUCUCUGAUGACAUACAAGUGUGCCGUGGUUGAUGUACCCUUCGGAGGGGCUAAAGCUGGUGUCAAGAUCAACGUCAAAAAUUACUCUGACAAUGAGCUGGAGAAGAUCACUAGGAGGUUUACCAUUGAGCUGGCCAAGAAAGGCUUCAUCGGGCCAGGUAUUGAUGUGCCUGCUCCUGACAUGAGCACCGGAGAGAGAGAGAUGUCCUGGAUCGCUGACACAUACGCCAACACCAUCGCACACACUGACAUCAACGCCCACGCAUGUGUGACAGGGAAGCCCAUCAGCCAGGGCGGUAUCCACGGUCGUAUCUCAGCCACCGGUCGCGGAGUGUUCCACGGCAUUGAGAACUUCAUCAACGAGGCUUCCUACAUGAGCAUGCUGGGCCUGACCCCCGGCUUCCAGGACAAGACCUUCAUCAUCCAGGGCUUUGGUAAUGUGGGUCUCCACUCCAUGCGGUACCUCCACAGGUACGGUGCUAAGUGUGUCGGCAUCGCUGAGUAUGACGGCAGCAUAUACAACCCAGAGGGCAUUGACCCCAAGCAGCUGGAGGACUACAAACUGCAACAUGGUACGAUCGUAGGUUUCCCCGGGGCUCAGCCAUACGAGGGCAGCCUCCUGGAAGCGCAGUGUCACAUCCUGAUCCCUGCCGCCAGCGAGAAGCAGCUCACACGCAACAAUGCCCACAGAAUCAAGGCCAAGAUCAUUGCUGAGGGAGCCAAUGGCCCAACCACACCCGACGCUGACAAGAUCUUCCUAGAGAACAAAGUCAUGGUCAUCCCUGACAUGUACCUGAAUGCCGGUGGUGUGACAGUGUCCUACUUUGAGUGGCUCAAGAACCUGAACCAUGUCAGCUAUGGACGUCUCACCUUCAAAUACGAGAGAGACUCCAACUACCAUCUCCUCAUGUCCGUUCAGGAGAGUUUGGAGAGGAAGUUUGGAAAGCAGGGAGGACCGAUCCCUGUUGUCCCAACCGCUGACUUCCAGGCCAGAGUCGCUGGUGCUUCUGAGAAGGACAUUGUUCACUCUGGGCUGGCCUACACCAUGGAGAGAUCUGCCAGGCAAAUCAUGCGUACGGCCAGUAAGUACAACUUGGGUCUGGACCUGCGGACGGCUGCGUACGUCAACGCCAUCGAGAAGGUGUUCAAGGUCUACAACGAGGCCGGCAUCACCGUCACAUAAUCACCCUAUCAAAGUCAGACCCCUCCCAUACUGCCCUGCUAUUGGUUCCAUCGCCCAAUUAGCCUUUAGAACAUUUGAGCAUUUACAUUAGCGAUUCCUGCCUCCCCUUCGUACGCGCGCACACACGCGCGCACACACACACACACACACACACACACACACACACACACACACACACACACACACACACACACACACACACACACAGAGACACACAUGCAUACACACACACUGACAUGUACUGUGUUCUGUGUCCCAUGACCUCGCCAUAUCUCAGUAUCAUGACGGUAACUCAGUAUUUCUGUAUCGUUUUGUUUCAGUAUUGUCGUUCAAUUAUUUGUGUACUUUGAAAGGAGCAGGUUGUAGCAGGAAGCUAGCUAUGCUGAGAGAGAUUUAAGACAACCCCCCCAUUACUAUCUGAGUUCAAUGUCUGUCUUUUUGUCUCGCUUGACCCUGGGGUUGCCAUGGUUUCAGACCACAGCACUGGAGAUGCCUUAGCUCUGACGGAGCUCUGUACUGAAGAGACGCACAUACACCACUAUACUGUACUUAAAGAAAGGAAAUAGAUUUAAUGUUAACUUUAGACUUAUACUUUAUUUAAAAAAAAGGGAAAUAGUUUUAAACUUUAUAACAGGGAAAGGUGAUAUCAUAUGUGUUCCUCAGUUUUCCUCCCAGGGGAUACGGGUUAGAGUUCAGGGCCCGUAUCCACAAAGCAUCUCAGAAAAGGUAGGAAUCCUGUUAUAACCUGUUUUAAGACACAAAAAAACUCCCAGCUCAGAAUAGGUUUGAGGAUGAUGUUAAGACACUGCUCAGAUGGGACUCCCGAGUGGCGCAGCGGUCUAAGGCACUGCUUGAGGCGUCACUACAGACCUGGGUUCGAUCCCAGGCUGUGUCACAACCGGCUGUGACCGGGAGUCCCAUAGGGCGGUGCACAAUUGGCCCAGCAUCGUCCGGGUUAGGGCUUUGAUUGGCUCAUCACGCUCGACUCCUUGUGGCGGGCCAGGUGCUUGCAGGCUGACUCCGGUUGUCAGUUGAACAGUGUUUCCUCUGACACAGUGGUUAAGCGGGUAUGUGUUAAGAGUCCGGUUUGGCAGGUCAUGUUUUGGACUCGACCUUCGCCUCUCCUGAGUCCAUUGGGGAGUUGCAGCGAUGAGACAAGAUUGAAAUUGGGGAGAAAAAGGGGGUACAAUACAACAACAACAAAAAACACUGCUCAGACAAACUCUGAGCCAGGAGUAAAAUCAACUCCUGAAAGUUUAUCACAGCUGGUAAUCAUGACGGUUUGAGGUUCUGCAAAGGAAAGAUAGUGAUGCCGCUCAUUGCCAUUGUUGUAAAUGAUGGGGGAAUAACCAAUCACGAUGAGGCAUUGGCAGCUGUGAACUCUAUAGAGCACACACGUACAGUCCAUCAAAUGUUGUAAUGGUAAAACAUUUGAUAUAAUUUUCGCCUGACACAAUCACUUUGCUUAUUUUAAAUUUUUGCCCAAUAUUUUGGCAUGCAUAAAAAAAUAAAACAUGUAAUAACAUUUGUAUGGUUGUUAAAAGCUUUAUAUUACCGUUAUAGCAACACACACAUUGUCACUCCCGUUUAACAACUCUAAAUCGCUUUGGCACAGUAGGCAUCAAGUCACUUGCCCAUAAUGUUGCAUACAACAUUUGAAAGGUCUGUCAUUUUUAUUGAACACAAUCAGUUUGCAUAAGCACUAGAUACCUCCGGUUGCACAAUUUAUAGGGUUGCCCAAUUUUUUAACAAUGUGAGGUUGCGUUCCAAAUGGAUAACUUGAAAUAACUUGAUGUAGGUAAUUAAAUAAUCGAAAGGAAAAUGUGUUUAUUUAUUAGCGUAGUGGUUAUGCAUAUUUAGGCAUAUCAUGGGAAAUAUGACUUGUGAAAUCAUUGUCAAAAGGGCAAGAGAUACUGUUGCAUGUAGGUCUAGAUUAUUUAUGAAUUGAUGAAAUAUCAAAACAUUCUUUUAAAAACUCAAAAGCAAUUGCAAAUGAUGCAGGAACCACUGACUGGCUACAUUUUUCUAUUAUCAAGACACCUGCUGGUAACUCUUAACUAGUUAGGGCAGCUCAUGAGGUGUCCUAAUUAUCUGUCAACUAGGUGUGACUCUUAUGACUAAAGAGGCUUCAUGCAUAGCUUUUAUUUUCACUCAUAAUAGUAGGAGUGAAAUAUCUCUAUUCUCAGCACUUAUGACCAAUUUUCAACUCUGAGACGCUUUGUUGAUACGGGCCCAAGGCUCAGGGUUAGAGGUCAGGGGUCAUGGUUAGCAUUCUGUGCUAAGGAACACUGGGUUCUACUGUGUUUGGUUUUUAGUAAAGUUCUACACCCUCCUCCACUACAUCAGUCUCCUCUACGAGUCCCCCCAACCUUCCCUGCCUACUGCUCCUGUCUUGUCCAAUCUGACCCUCCUCCAAACCCCUGCCCCACCCAGAGCGAGAGAGUAGAGGACAUACUCAAGGGAACAAACAUUCUCCUUUUACUUCUCCAAUAACCCGUUCAAGCCUGCAAAUGGAAAUUGCUUUUGGAAAUGUGUAUUUCCUUUUUUUUUUUGAAAACCAAUAAAAUGAUGACAAAAACAGAA